GUCAGCGCCACAGAAUUAUCUUUCAUUGGCGCCGGUGUUACUGCACAGGAAAACCCAUGUUUCUGGUUCCCGGAAGCGAGUUUUAAUGCAGUCCUAAAAGAUAUCCACAAAUGGAUGUAUUUACUUAUUUAUGACACGAAAAGCACAUUGAAGACAAUUUACACUUUGGUCUCCGUUCAGUAUUAAGAGAGCGCAAUGGCUGUUUACAGCCAUUGCGCUCUCUGAAGCUGCGUCGAGCUGCGCAGCUUUGACGCUCGCCAACUAAUCCGUCACACUCGAGGACAUGGGACCGUGAAAGUAUGGCGGAUGCCGAGGAGCCGGAGAAGAAAAGAAGGCGAAUAGAGGACCUGACAGACAAAAUGGCUGUAGAUGGUGGUGCCUGCGACUGGGCCGGCCGGUGGAAUCACGUGAGAAAGUUCCUGGAGAGACCCGGUCCAUUCACACAUCCCGAUUUCGAGCCAAGCACAGAGACUCUCCAGUUCCUGUUGGAGACGUGCAAGAUUUUAGUGAUUGGUGCUGGUGGACUUGGCUGCGAACUGCUUAAAGAUUUGGCCCUGUCUGGGUUUCGCCUCAUCCAUGUGGUUGACAUGGACACUAUUGACUUGUCAAACCUCAAUCGGCAGUUUCUUUUCAGACCUAAAGAUGUCGGACGACCAAAAGCAGAAGUGGCUGCUGACUUCAUCAACAGUCGCAUCCCUGGAUGUAAAGUUGUCCCUCACUACAAGAAAAUCCAGGACUUUGAUGAGUCCUUCUACCGGCAGUUUCACAUCAUCGUCUGUGGGCUGGACUCCAUCAUCGCCAGGCGAUGGAUGAACGGCAUGCUGAUAUCCCUCCUGAGCUAUGAAGAUGGAAUACUGGACCCCAGCUCCAUCAUCCCCCUCAUUGAUGGGGGCACGGAAGGCUUUAAAGGAAAUGCCCGCGUCAUUUUACCCGGCAUGACGGCUUGCAUCGACUGCACACUUGAGUUGUACCCACCGCAGGUUCACUUCCCCAUGUGCACCAUUGCGUCCAUGCCGAGGCUCCCCGAACAUUGCAUUGAAUAUCCCAGAUUGUUUCAGUGGCCCAAAGAAAAGCCAUUUGGAGAAACCAGUUUAGACGGCGAUAAUCCCGAGCACAUCCAGUGGAUGUUUGAGCGAGCGCUGGAGCGAGCUGCACAGUUCAACAUAACAGGAGUCACAUACCGACUCACUCAAGGCGUCGUAAAGCGGAUCAUUCCUGCAGUGGCGUCCACAAAUGCCGUUAUCGCCGCUGCCUGCGCAAGUGAAGUUUUUAAAAUUGCGACAAGUGCGUAUAUUCCUUUAAAUAAUUACCUGGUCUUCAAUGAUGUGGACGGACUCUACACUUACAGUUUUGAAGCUGAGCGAAAGGACAACUGUUCGGCGUGCAGCCAGGUGCCUCAAGACCUUCAGUUCCCGCCUUCUGCAAAACUACAGGAGGUCUUGGAGUACCUGACAGAGAACGCCUCCCUGCAAAUGAAAUCUCCGGCUAUCACCACAACUCUGGAAGGCAAAAAUAAGACACUGUACCUGCAGUCUGUCAAAUCAAUUGAGGAACGAACACGGCCAAACCUCUGCAAAACCUUGAAAGAGCUGGGCUUAUCGGACGGACAGGAAUUAGCAGUGGCAGACAUCACCACGCCUCAGACAGUCCUCUUCAAGCUCAAUUUCACUGCCUAAAAGCCGUUUGGAUUGCAAAGCACUGAUGUGACCUUUGGCUUCUUCUGUCAAAAUGUUACUGUAGCGCAUCUGAUUAUGAGUGUAUAUAGGACAAGUAAAAUUCUCAUUGGUCAGACAACAUUAAUAAUAUUGUUUACUUGUGUGUGGAUGCCCAUUGUGGAGUUCUUCCUGUCGAUCCAAUGAGAACGAUCAUGACAGAGCUGUAAUGCAGGUUAAUUUUUUUGACUCAUUUGAAGAUUCGUGGUUCAGGUUUCAUUCAUUUAUUCAUGUUGCAGUGACAAGAGAUCAUAAGAGAAAGCCAGGCGGCUUAGGUUUUAUUCACCUUUCAACUCAAGGAAAGCCACGAAAUUAUUAAACCUGUCACAAAAGUAUGAAACAAAACUAAGUCAUUACUGGAAGAUCCUCCUAGGUUGGACAUACAGGUGUACAUAGACGAUUAAGAGGUGAGGUCUGGAAUUAAAUUUGGAAUACCAAAGUGACAAAAAUAUACAAACAAAGGCUUUCAUGUUUGUGGACUACUGUUAAUCUAAUGCUGAAAAUCAUUUGUUAAAAA